UCCUGUGACGCGUGGAGAAAGGUAAACUCUUGCCUCCUCUCUGCUCUCUUCAUGAAACCUCGGCUGAAUCAACAACGACGAAGCCGCUCUUCGAGUGUGGGAUGUAGGGUUUGUGUUUUUCUUUAUGUGGCUGCGUGUAAAAUAAAGAAGUGGACGUUUUGUGAAGUGUUGCGGGACAGAACGCGGAGCUCCGCAGGUCCGGUGGUGGUCAUGGCAAAGAAGAGGUCAACUCCAGGCUGGUUUGGACUUUUUCUCUCUGCAACGACUUUUCUCUUUCUAACGAGGAAUCCAGUGAGCGCCCGAGUUCCACGGUAUUACCUGAGCCCCGAUCAGCUGAGGCAGCUGCACUUCAAGCCCACCGUCAGCUCCAUCCAGCUCUCUGAGGGCCACGAGACGAAGUUCAAUUGCUCGAUUGACAUCCCAGACACCAGGCUGGAGCCCACCAUCAUCUGGAUGAAGAAUGGCCAGGACCUCACGGCAAACGGUCAGGUCGUCAUCAAUGAACUUCAGACCAUCACAGACGGGGUUACAACUCUCCUCUCCACUGUCAGCAUCAAAGUGCAGAGACUGGACGCUGGGGAGUAUCGCUGCAGACUCAGUAUUGGCAACACACUUGUAGAGUCUCAACCCAUUUUUGUGGAGGUCAAUGGUCUGCCGACAUUUAUUCAUCAACCCGAGGAAAGGAAUGUGACAAGAAAUACAGCCUUCACGAUGUCCUGUGAAGCCGUGGGACCCCCAGACCCCGUUCAGAUCCGCUGGCUCCGCAAUGGAUUACCGGACAGUGACUUUCAUAGCUCUCCCAGCACCUUCUCUGUGUCAGGCGUGGACAAGUACACACAGUUCAGCUGUGAGGCCUACAACGCCAAGGGCGUCUCCACCUCCAGAGAAGCAAGUAUCAACAUCAAAGUGCUUCCCAGUCCUGUGGCUAAUGUUACCGUGGUGGAAACCCAUUCCAAUAAGUUGAUAUUGAGCUGGAGACCUGGCCACGAUGGCUUCUCUCCACUCACCAAAUGCCACAUCAGGGUUAAAGAGGUGAGUCGGCGGAAGGGGGAAGUGAUGACCACCAGGUUCAUCAACAUCACUGCGCCGCCGUUCCAGUGUGAAGUCCCGGGGCUCAAAGCUUUGACGUCAUACAACAUGAGUGUUUCCUGCAGCAACGAAGUGGGAGCCUCUCCUUUCAGCUCGUGGAUCCACAGCAGCACCACAGAAGGAGUGCCUUCGCUUUAUCCCCGAAACGUCACCAUACAGCGGAAUGAGUCAUGGCUGGUGAUCAGGUGGAAGCCUCCUCCAGAAGAUAAGAUAAAUGGCGUUCUGCGCGGUUACGAUGUUAUCGUCAGACACGGCACACAGGAGAAAAAAAUCCACAGUUACAAAACCAUGGUCUUUGUACCGGUGCUGGAGUUCAACACAACCUACAGUGUGGAAGUGGCUGCUUGCACACAGGCAGGAAGCGGCAUGGUCAGCCCACGGGUCUGGCUGUUUGUGCCAGAGGACAAAUCAGUGGUGUCCCCAUCGUCCAGCCCGGACACUGGGGUUCCACACUCUGUCCAUGUUGUUCUGGGAGUGGUGUGUAGCUUCUGUCUCCUGCUUAUUAUCCUCUGGGCUGGUAUCUGCAUACACAACCGGAGCUCUGAAUCCUGGUUUGGGCAAGUGUUUGGAGUUGGAGAGAAGCCGCAGCCUGUUGUACAAUACAAACCCCAAAGAUCCUACAAUCGACCGGUCAUAGGAGUCACACUUGGGAACCUAGGUGUUAGUGAUGAUCUCCAGGCCAAACUUCAGGACGUGAUGGUCAUGAGGAACCUGCUCUUGAUAGGGAAGAUUCUUGGAGAGGGUGAAUUUGGCUCAGUGAUGGAGGGACAUUUAAGACAACCGGAUGGGACAUCGGAAAAAGUUGCAGUCAAGACAAUGAAAUUGGACAGCUUCUCUCAAAGGGAGAUUGAAGAAUUCCUGAACGAGGCGGCCUGCAUGAAAGAUUUCAACCACCCUAACGUCAUCAGACUGCUCGGUGUGUGCUUGGAAGUUGGCUCAGGACAUUUUCCCAAGCCCAUGGUCAUUCUGCCAUUCAUGAAAUACGGAGAUCUGCAUAGCUUCCUUCUCCGCUCACGCCUUGGAGAGAGUCCAAUGUUUUUGCCCACUCAGACACUCCUAAAGUUCAUGGUUGACAUUGCUUUGGGUAUGGAGUAUCUCAGUGGGCGCAACUUCCUACACCGUGACCUGGCGGCUCGCAACUGCAUGCUGCGUGAUGAUAUGACAGUGUGUGUAGCGGACUUUGGGUUAUCCAAGAAGAUCUACAGUGGAGAUUAUUACAGACAAGGCAGAAUAGCCAAGAUGCCUGUGAAAUGGAUAGCGGUAGAGAGUCUUGCCGACAGAGUUUUCACCGUCAAAAGUGACGUGUGGGCAUUUGGUGUUACCAUGUGGGAGAUUUCUACACGAGGCAUGACUCCCUACCCUGGCAUCCCAAACCAUGAGAUUUACGACUACCUUGUGGAAGGACACAGACUGAAACAACCAGCAGACUGUUUGGAUGAGCUAUAUGAGAUCAUGUACAGCUGCUGGAGGGCAGAUCCACUGGACCGACCUGCCUUUACCCAACUUCGAGAAAUGUUGGACAAGCUCACCGAAAAGCUCCCAGAGUCUUCCAGCAGGGACGAUAUCAUUUAUAUUAACACCAGUUUUCCUGAAGAGGACCCUGAUGGGGAAACACCUCAUGCUGGACACCCUGUGUUCAGCUCCUCCCCUUCCUGCAGCCAUCGGGCAGCAGAAAAUGCCGUUGUCACUGUGGACAUUCACGAGGGCCGGGAGGAUGAGGAGGAUGAUCGUUAUGUGGUGGCAAUCUCCUCUGACCCUUCUCUGAGAUCUCCUGCCGCGGACACUCCUCUUUUGUGGAGUGAUGGUGACGUGACAGUGAUGGUGCACAGCUCAUGCGAUACGUCUCGUCUGCUGUAAUGAUUGGUACCCAGAAGUUCAGAACUGUGAUAAAACUGCCACCAUAAUGCAUCAGUACUAAACACGUUGCCUUUUUACACUGGGAGCACCUGGAUGUUUUCUAAUGUGGGCUAUAGUGUUCUUAUUUAAGCAGCUUGUGCCUUACUUGGACAGCCGAUACAUCAGUGUUAGAAAUGUCUGUUUUAAUGAACAUGUUCCAAUAAGCUUAAAAUACAUUGAACUGUGAAACUGUUGAACUGAAUUGAAAUUUUAUCUUGUAAAUAUAAAAAUGUACAGAAUGUUUAUAAAGUGAUUUUAUAUGUA